GAGCCUCGCGCGGACUUCCGGCGCCGAGAGCGGUGGCGGAAGUGGGCGGGCCUGGGAGGCAGUCGGGGGUGUGUUUCCCGGCGGCGGGGAGCGGCGUCGGAGGCAUCCGCGGUCCGAGUCCCGCGCGGCGGCCGGAGGGGGCGUGCACCGCUGGCGAGAGCGCGCUCGGCCCCUGGGCUGGCCCCCGGGCUGGCCUCCGGCCGCCCCCUCCGCUGCGCGCGGGGUACCGGCUGGGUCGGCGUCCCCGCCCGCCGCGUCCUGCCGAGCGACCCUGGUGAGUCCGGGCCCUCUCGGGAGAGACCCUUCGGAGGAGAGAAUGGCGCGCGUGCGUUUCGGGGGUUUUGUGAGGAGCGGAAGAAUAAAGAAGGUGCUUGGUGUGGCGUAGCCACCCGAAUGCCGCGGUCGGCUGUGGUCGAGCCUCCGGAGGAGCUCCCGCCGCCGAGGAGCCGGAGCGUGUGUGCCGCGAGCUCGCGCCCGCGGGGGCGCGCGUCAAGCCCCUUGCCCCCGUGUCUGUGGAGAACAUUCCGGUAGAAAACGGGAGACGGUCCGGACGUCGGGUGUCGGACUGUGGGGGUGAGGCACUUGGCGAGGAGGGGAGAGCCGCUCUUUAGCGUUUCCUGCGUUGUUUAAAUAUACACCCCCCCCCCUUUUAAAUUGAAUGGUGUGUGUGACUUUUAUUGUCGAAACCUCAGAAAUUAAAGGAAAUUCCAAAAUACCGCUUUUCGGAGCUCUUGUGAGGAGGCCACUGCGAGGGCUGGAAGCGCGCGAGCGUUCCCACGGAGUCGUGCGUGAAUGGCGGGGGUUCUCCCACAGCCCUCGGCCCGCGGGCUCUGCAAGUCGGAGUCUUCGAAUCGGAGGAAGCCAGCACAGCGCGCCUGUGAUCCAUCCCAUAACGGCCCCCGAGCACGGUCGGUGGCACGCGCGCGCCAUUUGUGACCGAGUAUGCCACACGUGCAGAAGCUCAGGCCGUGAGGACGCCCCGGACGUCUGCAUAGAACAAUAGGCUGCCGUGUCUGCCGUGACACUGGACUGGCGCGGCGUGGAAUCCGUGCAGGUUAGGAGUGUCCAGAUGCCAGUGCGGCCGUCGCAAGGGAUCCCUCUGGGAGACUGAGAGGGCAGCCUCCGGGCCGGGCCGAGCACUGGGCCGGGGGCAUGGCAGCCCCCCCGGAGCCCCCGAGCCAGGCCUGUGGGGAGGGAGAAGAGCUGCUCGUCGUGAAGGUGGAGGAUUGCUCCUGGGAGCAGGAGUCUGCCGGACCGGAAGACAGCGGGGACUCGGAGGCCUGCCGCCAGCGCUUCCGGCACUUCCGCUACAGGGCAGCCGGAGGGCCCCACGAGGCCUUCAGCCGGCUCUGGGAGCUCUGCUGCCGCUGGCUGCGGCCCGAGCUGCGCUCCAAGGAGCAGAUCCUGGAGCUGCUGGUGCUGGAGCAGUUCCUGGCGGUGCUGCCGGGCGACAUCCAGGCCCGCGUGCGGGAGCAGCAGCCCGGGAGCGGUGAGGAGGCCGUGGUCCUGGUGGAGGAUCUGCAGAAGCAGCCAGCCAAGGCCGGGCCCCAGGAUGUGCCCUCAGAGGAUGCGGAAUCCAAGGCUGUGGCCCAGGAAUCCUCGGAUAAGGGGCCUCCUGCAGCGGCCGGGGCCCGGAGCCUGCCACAGGUGGCCCAGGAGCAGCCCCGGCGUGGUGCCCCGCUUCCUGCUCCUCCUGAAGAGGGGGCUCCCAGAGACACGGCGCAGGCCUGCUUUGCACCUGGGGUCUGUGCGCGGGGCUCCGAGGGCAGAGCAGGAGGUCGCGGCCAGAGGCGGCGGUGCCGGGCCAGGCGGGCGCCCACGGGACCGUGGCCUGGAGCCCCGAGGACAGUGAGGCCUGGGAGAGCGAGAACCGGCCGGGGAUGGCCUUGGGCCGGUUGGCGGGGGCGCGGCGGGGGCGGCCGCCCACGCGCCGGCGUCAGUUUCGGGACCUGGCGGCCGAGAAGCCGCACAGCUGCGGGCAGUGCGGGAAGCGUUUCCGCUGGGGCUCGGACCUGGCGCGGCACCAGCGCACGCACACCGGCGAGAAGCCGCACAGGUGCCCCGAGUGCGACAAGAGCUUCCGCAGCGCCUCGGACCUGGCGCGGCACCAGGGCGUGCACACCGGCGAGAAGCCCUUCUCCUGCGCCGCCUGCGGCAAGAGCUUCAGCCGCAGCGCCUACCUGGCCGACCACCAGCGCAUCCACACGGGCGAGAAGCCCUUCGGCUGCAGCGACUGUGGCAAGAGCUUCUCGCUGCGCGCCUACCUGCUGGACCACCGGCGCGUGCACACCGGCGAGCGGCCCUUCGGCUGCAGCGAGUGCGACAAGAGCUUCAAGCAGCGCGCGCACCUCAUCGCCCACCAGAGCCUGCACGCCAAGACGGCCCAGCCCGUGGGCUGAGCGGCCUGGGCGGGGGAGGGGUGCUCCACCCAGCGCCGGUGCUCCGAGGACCUGCCCAGCGCCAGCCCUUGUCGCCUGUCCUGCCUGCUCCCCUCUGGUUUCCGCAGCAGGGGAGCGGGAGGAGUCAGGCCUGGCCUGAGGACCCUUCCCAGAGCUGUCCUCAGUCCCCUUCCUUCCCUGUGUUCUGCGUGUGUCCACGGCCAGGCCCUCUGCCUCGCCAACCUGUGCCUUCCAGUGUGGGUGGAAGAUUGGCCACGGGCAGCUGCUGGCUUUGGGAUGGA